AUGUCCGAUGCUCUACUCAAUGCCUUCACUGAUUCUUCCAUGCAAUCCUUGAGCAAUUUUGAACUUACUCUUGGUUCAUUGCCUUCAGACUUCUCUACACCUCCGCGACCUGGUCUCCGCGUCCCCUCUGCCACAUCACAAACAACCGCACAAUCUUCGGCAGCCGUAACUACACCUCCUCCAGCUACACUCUCCUUCCGACGGAAGGGAGAAUCUUCCUUGUCGCGCAAGCUCACUGCAGAAAAUGAAGUGGAAGGGAACUUAGAGACUCCAUCUGCGGAGAAGAGUAGAUGGGGCGAUGCAGGACUUGACACUCCCUCCUCCGCACGUCCCCCGGCGUCACGGCAUCGUAGUCGUCCGAGCAUCAGCGGAAGUCAAAAGGGUGUACCACUGACGCUCCGUGAUCAGGAGAAGCAUAUCGAUAGCUUGAAGAAAGAAAACUUCGAUAUCAAGCUUCGAGUACACUUCUUGGAGGAACGUCUCGCUGAACUUGCACCGGAACAAAUGGAUGCAGCCCUCAAACAGAACAUCACUCUCAAGAUUGAAACCCACAAUCGUGGCCGUGAGAUUAAGAGGCUCAAGAAACUAUUACUUGAAUUGGAACGCGAAUUGGAACGCUUACAGCGUAGUACCGGAAAUCGAGGGGCGCGGGAGAGGGAACUGGAAGCGAAACUAGAGGAACGUGAUAGAGAAAUUCGAGAACUCAGGCGAAGACGAGCAUCAAUCGAUGGGGGAGAUGCAGCACUGCGAGAGGUAGAAGGAAGAAAUACUGAGCUCGAAGAAGAGUUGGAAAAUGUCAGAGGGUUGUUGGAAGACAACGUCAUGGAGAUUGAACGGCUACAGGAUCUGGUAGAACGAAAAGGAAACACAUCAAGUGCUGGGGAUGCUCAUCGGAUAGACGAACUCGAAUCUGACCUCGAUCAACUGAAACAAACGAUUACUGAACAAGCGCAGCUUCUGGAUCAGAAGGAGGACGACAAAGUGGAUUUGUUAGAUGAGAUCGAAGCUCUCAGACUCAAUAUCGAGAAUCUCCAACAAAGACGAGAGGUUGAGUCAAUAGAGCGAAGUGAAAGCCGGGCUCAGAUGCUAGAGGAACGGGAGGAGCGAGAGGCUGUUGAGGACGAUUUAAAUGCAUUGAAGGACCGGUUAGCUGCAGCAUUGAUCGAGCUACAGCAGAAGGAGGACGAUAUCGAGAGAAAGGACCAGAUGCUGGAAGAUAUGACAUCUCAACAUCAACAGAUCGUAGGGGAGGUGGAGGAGGAAUGGCGCGGGGAAGUAGCUGAACACAAACAACAAGUCGAAGAGCUUCGUGACGUCCUUGCAGAAAGAGAUACAGAGUGUAAAGAGCUCAGGAUCACAGUAACUGAGCUAGAGGCCACUAUGAAUGACCUUCAUGGCAAAUUUGAGGCUACACUCGCUCAUCUGGAACAGGAGGCCGAUGAUAAGGAUGCUCAGAUCGAGUCAUUGAACGAGGCCAUUGAGAAGCUCAGUGAACAGGUGUACAUAUUGGAGGACGAAAAUGACAAGUUCAAAGAAGACCAUGAUAAGAUGAAGGAAGAGGAUGACGCUGAACGGGAGAGGUUAGAAACAUUGGCUGCGGCUCUCAAGGAGAAAUUGACUAAGCUAAAAGCUGAACUCGAUGAAAUGACUGAGAUGUACGAAACCUGUAGGCAGGAUAUACAUGCCCAUCACUCACGUCAGGAGGAGCUUGCCACUCAUGUUGAAACUUUGGUCGACGAAUUAGAGCGCGAGCGCGAAGCUCGGGAACGUGCGGAGUCCGAUCUUGACGCUGCCGACAAGGAACACGACGCCAAAAUACGUGCCGAGCGUAGAGCGUUGGAAGCAAAGGAGUCUGCUCUUCAGAGCACUCUAGAUGAUCUAGCCAGAACGCAAUCCCUCCUCACUCAACGCGAAGCCGAUCUGCAGGCGGUACAGACUGCUUUGCAGACGCUUGAGACCGAGUCGAAACGGGCAGGGGAAACGCAUUCUACUGCCCAGUUUUCCCUUCAGCUCGAGGUUGAUCGGUUGAAGAGAGAUUUGGAGCGUUUAGAAGCCGAGCUAUCCCGUGCACGCGCUGAUUUGAACGACAAGGACCACAAGGGGCGGGACCGUGAUGGGGCCUUUGACAAGCUACACGCGGAGAAUAGGGACCUCGCUAGCCAGCUCGCAGCACAAACACAGGCUCGCCUGAAUAUUUCUGAAAAGCUUGACAACGCUCAGGCAAGUCUCAAAACAGCGGAAUCAGACAUUGCGUCCUUCAAGACCCGUGUGUCAGAGCUGGAAAUGCGAUUGUCGAAGGAUCAGCGGUCGCUAUUGUCUGCUGAAAGCCAAUAUAGAGAUCAGUUGACCGAACGAAACACACUUUUGCUCACAAUUUAUCAGUAUAUGGACAAGAUCCUCGGUGUUGACAAAACGCCUAAGAAGAGUGGUCAGGCGGAAACAAAGCCGUUUACAAACUUCGGCGUCUUCCACGAUAAUCUCAUCACACGCUUAAAGGCUCUCAGCCAAAUCCAAAUGGAUUUUGACAAGAGAUGCAAGGAUAUCGAAGGCCGUUUCACCGAAAAAAUGGCCGACAUGAGGAAACAAUUGGAUAAUCGUUGGAAGCAAAUUGACAAAUUCGAGGCUGGCGUGAAGGCAUUCGCAGAGACCAAGACAACCUGGAGACGUAAAUAUAACGCGAAAGAAGGUGAAGUCGAGGCUCUCAAGACUACCAACGCCGAAUUAUCUGCACAAUUAUCCAGUACCAAACGUCCUGGUCAAACGGACUCGAUGGAGAUUCGCUCACUUUCGGCUCGAGCAGCUACCGCUGAACGACGACUAAACAACGCCCAGAAUCAGCUGCUUGCAACUGAGGAGAAGGUUGCUUCGAUGUCGCAGAAAACUGCAGCCGCAGAUUCAAAAUGGGAGGCAAGAGUGAAAGAAUAUGAGGCGAGGCUAAAGUCUGCGGAAGAACGUGUCAAGCGAGAGAGACAAAAAAGUAAAGAAAGAGUUAAUGAGCUGGAGAAUCAGCUGAAAUCUUUACAGCGACAGCUUGAACUUGCUCAAAAGCGAAGCCAACAGCUUACCGGCGUUAUCGACUCGAACAAAACCGGGUCAGGUUCAGCAAAUAGUAGUCCUUCCUCCAGAUAA